AUGAGCAACGCCGACUUCCUCGGCCGGGCCAUCGAGACGGUCAAAAAGGCAAUUGAGACGGACACGGCAGGCGAAUAUGAGAAGGCGUAUCAGCUGUACUACAGUGCUCUCGAGCUGUUCAUGCUCGCUCUCAAAUGGGAGAAGAACCAGAAGUCCAAGGAUAUGAUCCGCGGCAAGGUAGCCGAAUACAUGGAGCGCGCCGAGAAGCUCAAACAACAUCUGAACCAAAAUGACGCCUCGAAUCGCAAGAAGCCAGCAGCCAUGGGCUCAAACGGCAAAGCAGCAGGUGGAAGUGGAAAGGGCGGAGGUGACGAAGACGAAGGCGAACAAGACGCCGACUCGAAAAAGCUCCGCGGUGCGCUCGCUGGAGCCAUUCUAUCCGAGAAGCCCAACAUUCGAUGGGAAGACGUAGCAGGUCUGGAGAUGGCAAAAGAAGCACUCAAGGAGGCCGUUAUAUUACCCAUCAAGUUUCCUCACUUGUUUACCGGAAAGCGACAACCAUGGAAGGGUAUCCUUCUCUACGGGCCACCUGGUACCGGUAAGAGUUACCUGGCAAAGGCGGUCGCUACCGAGGCGAACAGCACAUUCUUCAGUGUCUCCAGUUCCGAUUUAGUCAGCAAGUGGAUGGGUGAAUCAGAACGACUCGUAAAGCAGCUCUUCGGCAUGGCUCGCGAAAACAAACCCUCGAUUAUCUUCAUCGACGAGAUCGACGCGCUCUGCGGACCUCGAGGUGAGGGCGAGUCGGAAGCAUCACGACGUAUCAAGACAGAACUCCUAGUGCAGAUGGACGGUGUCGGUAAAGAUUCGAAGGGCGUACUUAUUCUCGGUGCGACGAACAUCCCAUGGCAACUCGACUCUGCCAUCCGACGACGAUUCCAGCGGAGAGUCCAUAUCAGUCUGCCAGAUCAGCCCUCCAGGAUGAGGAUGUUCGAGCUUGCGGUUGGCAACACACCUUGCGAGCUGAGCCAGGCCGACUACAAGAAGCUAGCCGAGCUUAGUGAGGGAUACUCUGGGUCUGAUAUUUCGAUUGCGGUACAAGACGCGCUCAUGCAGCCUGUGCGACUUAUUCAGACAGCAACACACUACAAGCCCGUCGAGGUAGACGGUCAGACAAAGUGGACACCGUGCUCACCUGGUGAUCCACAAGCAGAGGAGAAGUCAUGGACAGACCUAGACGGCGAUCAGCUGCUCGAGCCACCUCUAAAGGUCAAGGACUUCGUCAAGGCGAUCAAGGCUUCAAGACCAACUGUGAGUAGAGAGGAUUUGGACCGCAGCGCCGAGUGGACAAAGGAGUUUGGUAGUGAGGGCGCGUAG